AUGCAGAUUCCAAAUUUUCAAAUUUUUGUAAUUUCGAAUUUGACAUCCAAUGCACCCGUUUUCACCGAAGAUCCUGACAUCGGCACUGCUGAUUAUUCACCUCAAAUGGAGGACACCGUACGUUCCCUUCUUCGGUUUGUGGCUCGUGGCUUUUACGACAAAGCGGUGGUGCUCAUUAUAGAUGCUCUCAUAGUCCAUUCUGUUCUUUCAGAAGAAGACUUGGUGUAUCUUUUGGGCAUGAAACCAAAAGAAGUCAGAGCUCAAUGCUACCGUCUUGUUGAUGAUCGGAUUAUUCUGAGUCAUUUUCAGCGUGAGGAGAGUCAGAAUCGGGUAUUCAACAGAGUAUACUACUACAUUCAUGUUACAAAGGCUAUAGAUGCCAUCAAGUGGAAAGUUCAUUUUCUUGUGCACACGAUGAAGGAGGAAAUGACUCAGUACGGAAACCCUCAAGGUUACCUUUGCCCACGUUGUGGAAAGAGAGUAUCACAACUAGACGCCAUAUCGCUUCUAUCUGCCGACAGAACUCAUUUUGAAUGUGAUACUUGUGGUGGAACCCUCACAGAAGACGAUUCUAGUCAACAGGCAUAUAUGCGUCAGGCCCGGCUAGAGAAGCUCAUGGUGCAAGUGGACCCAGUUAUUGCCCACUUGAAACGUAUAGACGACAUGACGAUCCAAGAAAACACAUUUGAAUCUGCAUUGACCAAGGCGGUUCCUGCGCAGUCAACAGCUACUGGAGCGUACUCUGUGGCUCGUGGAAGAAAACUGGGUCCUGUUUCGGCCUCGUCACAGAAAUCACAGGCCACUUUGCAUGUAUCCAUCACCGCCAAUGACGAAAAUCUCGAUCGAGAACAAGAGGAACGAGAAGAGCGCCAAAAGAAAUUGGAACAAAAUGCAUUGCCUUCAUGGCAUGCCGCUUCUACGUUGGAAAAGAAACCCGCAGAAGACCAUGUGGAUCCUUUACCAGACUCCAACUCGGUUUCUCCUGCGGAAAAUGCCGAACCACCGGCCGAAGAUGUGAAGAUAGACACUACAGAGUUGAAGGAAAAAGAAGCACAGGAUGCUUUGGCAGCAUAUUACGCCCAGUUGGCGGAACAAGAGGAAGACGACGACGACGACGAUGACGAGGAAUUAGAGGAUAUAUAG